UUCCAUUCACGAUUAUCACUUGCGUUCGCGCGUACUGAAGACUUUGUAGUUCCAGGUAAAAGAUUAAAGAAGCUUCCCCCACAACAAAAAUGUUGCGAAUUGUCCUGGGAUUGGCUCUGAUAUCGGUAGUGUCUGUGGGCGCCACAGAAGUCCGGGAGUGUAAAAACAAACCUUUUCCGCUGGACGUUAAAAUCGCAGACUGCGAUGAACCACCUUGCGUGGUAUACAAGGGAACCUAUGCCGUGAUGGAGGUGCACUUUCUGGGCAACAGCAACAACAUCAGAAGUAUCACCGCCACUACAACCGCGAAAGUUUUGGGCAUGAAUCUCCCAUAUGCUCUGCCCGAGGAUGUGUCCAAUGUCUGUAUAAAUCUUCUCUACGGCGCUAUAUGUCCCAUUGACAAGGAUGAAGAUGUCACCUAUCAGUUUAACUUCUAUGUGGAGCCAUCUUUUCCUGAAAUCACGGCCGAUGUCACAGUUACUUUGAAUGAUGUCAAUGGAGACGCCAUCGCCUGCUUCGUGGUCAGUUGCAAAAUCCGAAAGGGAGCCACUGCGGCAAUCAGCGAUUCAAACUUGUUGGCCUAAGUGAGCUAACAACCUACCCACCUAAUGCCACCGAUUUUGGCCGACUGAAUACUUCCUAUAUGUUGCUAAACAAUAAAUAAAAAUGUAUUAACCAUA